AUGUCAAAGCUAACGUUAGCAGAGCUCAAAGGUUUGUUCGCUAAAUUUCAACAAGUGUCCGCCGCUCGUCCUCCUCCUCUCCCGGGAAUAAACACCGAUUUACUCCGCUGAAGACAAGAGCGAGAUCCUCCACAAACCGCAGAUAUCCUCUCAGGAAACGGGAUUAUAAUCCACUAUUCCUCCUAAAAAUUAAUAUCGGAGCUCCGGAGUUAAUCCACGGACAGAAGACAAACUCCAACACGACGGCUCCGCGAAGAUCAACGAGCGAAGCCGAAUCAAACUCGCGUUUUUCCGCCGUUCCCGAGCCUCCGGUCCUCUCAGAAAACCGCUCCGAACGUUUUUAUCUCGUUAGACUCCGACCAACAACCCGAAACCUCCGCCUCAACCUCCGCUCAGCGCCCGAAUCCCCCAAACUACAACCAAGCAAACAGCGCCGCGUCCCCCGUGGAGAGUCCCGGAUCGUCCGCCAGGCGGCGACGCUGACAGAACACAAUAAAAUACCUGCAGUAUCCGAUUUGUCCGCCAGGCGGCGCCACAACGAAUGA